AUGGCUCAUCGAAAAGAUCAUGAUACCUACCCACCACCCAACUGGCCAGAAGGAAUCACCUACCUUACCAAACCCCGCCUAUCUCCCACAUUCCCUCCCCAGCUCAUCCCUCUGAUAUCCCCAAAUGCCAACCCAAAUAGCAAAACAUUCACUCCCAGACCUAUCAAACACCCUUCGAACGUACAUAUCAAACGUAUAGAUCAGGAUGGACAUCCAGCAAAGGGACAAUGUGGUCUAUUCGCCAAAAGCAAGAUAAAAAACGGUGAAUUGAUUAUACCUUAUAUAGGUAUCAUCCAUUCCACUAUCAUCCCUGAUGAUCUCGAUCAAGUCCUACCGGAACAGGAGGAUGAGCAUUCCUCAAGCGAUUAUGAUUUAUCUCUACUCCGCCUUUCAUCUUCCGACAUUCGAAAUCCAUUUCCUGGAAUGCAUAUUUCCAUAGGAGUCGACGCAGCCAGGAAGGGCAAUGCAGCUAGGUUCGUCAAUGAUUAUCGAGGAUUACCAGGUAUCACAGGACCGAAUGCAGAAUUUAGGCUGGGCAGUGGAGAGAGUGGUGAAUUGAGGAUGGAAAUUUGGAGUUUGAAGUGCGGGGUGGGGAAAGGCGAGGAGAUUAGGGUCAGUUAUGGUAAAGGAUGGUGGGGUGCCAGGAAGGGAUGA